AUGUUACCACUUCAAGAAAUUGAACCUGAUUUUUACAUCUCCUAUUACUACCCCAUUGGGAGAAGCAAGGGGUCAAGUGAGCAAGAGCUAGCAAAAGUUAUUGAGAAGCUAUAUGACAGUGGCUUUUCAGCGACAAUCAGGCCAGGAGAUCCAGAUCAUUUGCUUAUUUUUAUCAAACUUUCUUCAGAUACUUAUAUUGAGCAAGGUGAAAAAGAUUUGAUCAAAAAUUAUGAGUUUGGAGUAACUUCAAAAAUCGAGUCUUUAAGUGCUAGAUUCAGAAUCGUCUAUCUGUAUUUGACCCUCGGCACCGAGCUUGGCGGAUGCGGCGUUACACCGGGCCAGGGAAUGUGGAAAAAUGUCGAGAGUAUUGUGCCCAUAACCGAUGCAUUUGAUGACACACAUAUAAUCGAAGAGUUGAAGGCCAAUUUCGCGAGAACCGAAUUCUCAACAAAUAAGAUCAAAAAGGUUUAUGGUAUUAAAAUUGCCCUUUAUUUCGAGUUUUUGAAGUACUAUAUGUACUGGAUAAGUGGCUUGUCAAUUUUGGGAUUGAUUCAAUAUUUCAAGAAAACCAAUACUUUUUCCUUGUAUUAUACUUUUGUAAAUUUAUUAUGGGGCACUUUUUUCAUUACGUUUUGGCAUAGAAGAGAACAGUACUUGACAAACUUGUGGGGUGUUCAGAAUAGCUACUUGAUCGAAGAGCAUCUUUCAGAAUUGGCUCAAAUAAACAAGAAAUUUGAAAAAAGAUCAACUUAUUUCCACAAGGAUAACAGCUCAGGAUUGCGAUUUAUCAAGGAAUUACUUUUUGUGCCAAUCGCUUUAGUUUUUGUUGCUAUAUUGAUCAGUUACCAGAUGGGAUGUUUUUUUAUCGAAAUUUUUUUAACUGAUAUAUAUGAUGGGCCAGGAAAAUCGUUAUUGACUUUGUUGCCAACUGUAUUAAUCUCAGUUUUUGUUCCAAUCUUGACAAUUGUUUACGAUGCUGUCACAAAAGUAGUUAUCAAGUUUGAAGGUCACGAUAACGAUUUCAGCAAGAAUAAUUCAAUCUUGGUGAAACAGUUUGUCUUGAAUUUUUUGACGAGUUAUGUGCCGUUGAUUAUUACUUCCUUUUUGUAUUUACCAUUUGCUCACUUAGUUGGACCCCAUUUGAGUGAUAUACAAUUGACAAUAAACUCAUAUGUUGGUGAAAAUAGGUUUUACACCAAAUAUUUGACCAAGUUGAAAAAUCAGAGAAAUUUCCAAAUCAACCAGGGUAGAUUGAACGCUCAGUAUUUUUACUUUAUUGUCACUAACCAAGCUAUCCAAAUUUUCUUAAAGUAUGUUUUGCCAUUAAUCAUUACCCAUGUUACAAAAUAUGUGCGUACUUAUAUUCAAAAGAAACCCCAAUUGCAAGUAAAAAAUGAUAAUCCUUAUGAAGCUAUUUGGUUGCAUAAUGUAAGGGCAUCUAUGAGCUUACCUGAAUACAAUGUUGAUAAUGACUUUAGAAGUGUAAUCUUGCAAUAUGGUUAUUUGAUUAUAUUUGGCCCAGUUUGGCCGUUAGCGCCAUUAUUCUCGUUGCUUUUUGAUAUCUUGAUAUUUAAAUUGGAUAACUUUAAGUUGCUUAGUGGAAGAUAUUUCAAGCCGCCUAUUCCCAAAAGAGUGGACUCUAUUCAUCCUUGGAACUGGGCUUUGUUCUUGUUGACAUGGCUUGGCUCGAUUAUUUCGCCAGUGAUCACUGCCUUCUAUCGCCAUGGUACGGCUCCUCCAAAGUCAAUGGGUCAAUUUACAUUUGAUAAUGCCAGUGUUCACGUAUCGUCGUCGUUAUUAUUGGUGUUGUUGAUGUUUGGCUCAGAACAUUGUUUUUUGAUUUUAAGCUAUGUUUUGUACAAAUUGUCCAACUUGUUCAAGAGUGAUAUUGAGUGGGAAAACGACUUUGUUGAUAAUGAUAUGAAAUUGAGACAUGACCAUUACUCAAAUAUUGUCAAACCAACAAUCAAGGUGCGCGAAUGUCCAGAUUGGAAACAUUUUACGCCAGAAAGUACAAUGGACUUUCAAUCUCCAGUUAUUACUAAUGGAAGUAAUGAUGCAGACAAAACUAUUGAUGCAGAAAAGAUUGAUAGCAACAAGUCAGGAUAUUCAACUUCUGCUCAGUAUUCAGAAACUAAAGUGACUUCACGUUCAGAACAGGCCCAAGCUAUUGCUGAGAAGGAGAAAAUUUUGAGAGAAAAGCAAGCCGAAUUGGCAAGAGUCGAGAAGAACACCAAGCUGAAGUCAAGAGGCAAUUACGAUUCUCUCAACAGAGAUAAAGAACUCGGGGAUCGCAUCAUUGAAUCAAAAUCAAGUCCCGAAAGUGGCAAAUUCUAUAGUACAAUUGACAACAACAAGCACAUUAAUGAUGACCAAGCUGGUGCGUCGAAAUUGUCAAAUGACAAACACGAAGGAGUGGAAAACAAUGAAAAAGAUAGCAAUACUACUACUGCUACUGGUGUGGUGGAAGACCCUACAUCAGGAAAAGCGACAAACGUUUUUGGUGGCGGUCAAUUCAAUGAAGACGAAAGUGAUCAGCAAAGCUCUUUUUACUCCACCGCUGAGACAAGCUCAAAUAACAAGAAUUCGUCUUCGUCAUCAGCAAACACUGGAAAACAGGGUAAAAAAAAUGCAUCAGAAUCGAAAAAAACAACAAACAAAGUUGAGAAAGAGGCCAAGAAUACAAAGAAUGGAUUGAAAAAGUUAUUCAACAAAAUCUAG